GAGCCGUAACGACCGACUGCGAGAGCGGUAGUGGGGGAAGCAGUAUGACGCAGAUGCGCGUCUACGGUCGAUCGGGUAACAUGAGGGAACGGUUAGUGCCGCAUGAAACUUCGCGUUAGAGAGGCUCACGUCAAGCUACCGGUGUCUGGAACGGUUCCACCAAGGCCUCACUCUCGAGCCGGAACGAGAUCCACCGAGAAUUCGUCCGAGAAGGGAUACACAAUAGCUCGCGAAAAGCGGAAAAACGAUUCAUAGUACUGGGGAAAUCGACCAAUUAGGAUUAAAUUUAUACACUGCAAUAUCACCUAACCAAACAAUAAAACUUAACUAAAAGACCCGUAAAAAAGAAAGAGAUUUAAAUAAAAGAGAAAGAAGGAAAGAACAGACUUACAGUGCGCUUUAUAGAUGACCGCUUGAACGAUUGCGAUUAGUAUCGAAAGACUGUCGUAUUGUCGCAAGACUUGUGAUUUUCAUAUUUCUCACAAUGCCGUUCACGUUAACGGACGCGAUAGUGAGCCAGCAGAUAAAUGAGCGCCUCUCCAGCAUUUACAAUCUCUUGCGCGAGAUAGACGUGCACCGCAAUCGCUCCGAGUUCAACCUGAACAAUAUCAUGAAGACCCACGAGAAGGUCACGCCGGACGACAAGGUGUCCCUUUAUUAUCAGCAGAAACUGAAGAACUUGUACAACGCCGCGAUAGCCGACGCCCAGCAGGAAGAGGACGUGCUGCGCAAGACCCUCGACAAGAUCAACGAGAUACGCGUCAUAAGGAACGAAUUUCGCAUUCAGUUGAAGAACACCGGCAACAAGGAGACCACCAGACGCGGUGCGCUGAUGAAGAUGUUGCUGAGUACCGCCCAGACCUUGCCUCUUUACGUGGGGAAGACGCCCGGUGCCAAGCCUCCGCCUCUGUGCGGCGCAAUACCAGCCGAACCGUCGUACAUCGCGAAGAUGGGCGACAUGGUAGCCGCCUUGGCCAAACCGGGUUCCGAUCAAGACGAGGAGAACUGGAUACUCGCGGAGGUUGUGCAAUUCAAUCCCGCCACGAACAAGUACGAGGUCGACGAUAUCGACGAGGAGCAGAAGGUCCGUCAUACGUUGUCGCGAAGACGAGUGGUGCCGUUACCACUGAUGAGAGCGAACCCCGAGACCGACCCGCACGCCUUAUUUCCGAAAGGCUCCGUCGUAAUGGCCUUGUACCCGCAAACGACCUGCUUUUACAAGGCGAUCGUGAUUCAACUGCCGACCACUGCCGCGGAGGAAUACCAGAUGCUGUUUGAGGACGUCGAGUAUAGUGACGGCUACUCGCCGCCGUUCAAUGUUGCACAGCGCUUUGUGAUCUCCAUCAAAGAGGGCAAGAAGAACAAGAGCUAAUUGUCGAUGAACAGUAUUAUUUGCGAACCGUUAUAAGUAACUCUUCGCACAUUGAUAGAAAAUUAUAAUUAUUUCCGGCCCCGAUAAUAUUCUUUUCUUAUGUUAACCACAAAAAUAGUCAGUAGAACCAGUUUUUCUAGUAAGUAUUAGCGCCAGUGAUAAUAACUUUACAUGCAUAUUGUUACUACUAUUUUUGCGCUUAGAAUAAAAAAAGGUAUAGUUGGAUUAAAAGUAACUAUAAUUUUCUAUCAGUGCAGUGUACAGGCUAAGUUAGACUGAUAGAUUGUAAGGAAACAAUGACGUUAUCGACGACGACGAUUUGCGUAUGUAAUAUACAAGGAUUUUUCUUAAAAUUCCGAUGAAAUUUCUUUGACGCCACAAACCUUUGAUCCCAGCGUUAAUUAUAUUAAUCUAAAUAAAGGUACAUGAUAAUACAUUUACCUAAAAGCGUAAAUAAUAAAUUAUCAAUCGGGCUCCUCAGAAAUUAUAUUAACGAGCUCGCGUACAACUGCUCUCAAUGAUUGCGAUAAAUCAACGCAAUGGUCUUAUCGCGCAGACUGUCGUUAGGAUUAAUUCCGAGCGUUAGCCGAGAAAAAUAGGCACGUACUGACAGUUAAGAUCCCAUUUCCGCGGUGCUGUCCGUCAUCUGGGUAAUUGACGUAGAUUAUAGGACGAUAAUAGCGGUAUCCUUAUGUACGCGGGUGGAGGACCUGAACCUGGGCUCCGCUGACCUUUCGCGGAAUCGGUUCUCCGUGACUGUCCGAGUAAUUUCUUCCUAUACGGAAUAAAUCUUUUCCUCCACGCGCCCACGUCACGAACGCGAGACAGAGAUGGGUAGAAUGAGAAAAGGGGAUAAAGGGAAGGUAAAGGGAGGGAAAUAGAGAUAGAUAGAAUGAGUGAGUGGGUGUGUGAGAGAGAGAGCGAAAUAAAGCGAGAGCGGAAGCCCGAAGCCGCGAGUACGAGAGCAGUUCGAAAAAGAUAGAGGACGAAAGAGAGGGAGUACCGCGCAAUAAUUGAUUCCAUAAUCGGCGGCUGCCGCCAGACAUCAAAGCAACUCCGGUAUCCCGAGCCGAACCCCCAGCAGACCGGCCCAGCUAGCCAAUCCUCAUUCAUUAUUUAACUUAACUACCCCCGCAUCAGGGGAGUCAUAAAAAAGUACUUUGAUUCAGCACACGUUGCGGACAUGGUGUUUGCGCCAUUUUCCUCGAAAUUAAUCCUGGAAAUUUUUCAUUGAUUUCUGGUGGUCGUUCGGAUGGAGCUCGUUGAAUAACGCGUACCGGGAGCUUUUAUUGAAAAGCGGGGCUGGAUCUGUCGCACGAGCGAAAUAUUGUGCGUAAUAAUUAAGGACCGAGAGAAAACACACGGGCUUUUGAAUAGCCUUUGUAGAGUGUGUUCAUUGCAGAAGAAACCUACACGUCGCAUGUGCACGAUUGUGUUCCAUUUUUCUGUGUAAGCAAUUCGAUAAAUAAAGUGGAAAACGAAAAAGAAAAAAAGUACGCAUAUACAUAUAGGGUGUUAACAAAUUAGAGCGACAAACUUUGA